CCCCCGGGGCGGGCGGCCGGGCGGGCCGCGGGGCCUGGGGCCGGGGGCGGGCGGCACGGCCGGGCCGCGGGCGGCAGGGCCGCGCCGGGGACGCCGAGGGCCGGCGGCCGGGAUGAGGCGGCGGGGCCGGGGCGGCGGGGGCCCGCGCGAACUGUCAGCGGGGACCCGCCCGCCCGGGGCGCAUUAUGCGCGCCGGCCUGCGAGCGCAGCCCCGCGUGGCCGGGCCUGGCCGGGCGCCGUGUCCCCGCGGCCCACGCGGCCCACUCGCCCUGCCCGGCUCGUCCCAACCUCGCCGAACUCGAGCGGACGCCGGGAGGCCUCGGGGACGGCGGCGGCGGCUCCGGCCCUGCCCGGGCGGCCUCCGCGCGAUCGCGGCCCCCGCGUCUCUUCGGCCGGUGUGGCGGUGGGCCCCGGUCCUCUGCAGGGCGGCGGGGGCGGCCCGGCCCGCGCCCUGCUGACAGCGGAGUUCCCUCUUUGCAGCGCCUGCAUGACCGAGAAAGAAGCCAGCACCCCCAAGAAGAAGGAGAGUAAAGUCAGCAUGAGCAAAAACUCGAAGCUCCUCUCCACCAGCGCCAAGAGGAUCCAGAAGGAGCUGGCGGACAUCACUUUAGAUCCUCCACCAAACUGCAGUGCUGGUCCCAAAGGUGAUAAUAUCUAUGAGUGGAGAUCAACCAUUCUCGGGCCUCCAGGAUCUGUGUAUGAAGGUGGUGUAUUCUUUCUUGAUAUCACUUUUACACCAGAAUAUCCCUUCAAGCCUCCAAAGGUUACAUUUCGUACCAGAAUUUAUCACUGUAAUAUUAAUAGCCAAGGAGUUAUUUGCUUGGACAUAUUGAAAGACAACUGGAGCCCAGCACUAACCAUCUCGAAAGUCCUCCUCUCUAUCUGCUCACUCCUUACAGACUGCAAUCCUGCUGACCCUUUGGUGGGAAGUAUUGCCACUCAGUACAUGACCAACAGAGCAGAGCACGACAGAAUGGCCAGACAGUGGACCAAGAGAUAUGCCACAUAAACUGGGUUUUCACAGUUCUUACAUUAUUUGUCUGUCACAGAAGAGAGCUGCUUAUGAUUUUGAAAGGGCGGGGGUGGGAGUUGGUAAAGAGUAGGGUAUUUCUAUAACAGAUAUUAUUCAGUCUUACUUCAGGAUUUUGUUGUAACUUAAGGUAUCUUGCUACAGUAGACAAACUGGUAAUAGCCACUUCUAGAACUGUCAGUUUGCAAGCUUAGCUGACUUUUAGUACAACAGGAAAGAAUGUAUGUGCAGACACUUGGGUUCCAUUGAUUACAGUCUACUGUAAUUUCCAAAUCAGCUUAAAUUUGUAUAGGUCAGACACACGGCCAUUUAUGUAAAGUCCUAGUUUCUUGUUUGAAAAAAUUGGAAUUUGUUUUUCCUUCUUAGAAGGAAACGAUGGUAUUUAAUAGUCUGCAAAGAUUGUUACCUCGUAUAUAUAAAAUGAACACCUGGCUACAAGACACAAAGUAGGAAAUGAGUAGUUAUUGUAUUUUAUUUUAUAUGCAAAUUACCUUAAGGGUUGAUUUGUGGAAACCUGUAGUGAAAUACCUUAAGCUGUUAACUGUAAGUGUGGAAUAGGAACUGCGCAGUGAAUUGGUUGUUCUAGACUUCUUAGGUCUGCAUUUGUUACUGUGCUAAUAAACAAUAUCAAGAACGA